AUGCCUACCAGAUUCACCAAAACUAGAAAGCACAGAGGUCACGUUUCCGCUGGUAACGGUCGUGUUGGUAAACACAGAAAGCAUCCGGGUGGUAGAGGUAUGGCCGGUGGUCAACAUCACCACAGAACCAACUUAGAUAAGUUCCACCCAGGUUACUUCGGUAAGGUUGGUAUGAGAUACUUCCACAAGCAAAGAAACCACUUCUGGAAGCCAGUUAUUAACUUAGACAAGUUAUGGUCUUUAGUUGAAAACAAGGACGAAAAGAUUGCAUCUUCUACCAAGGAUGCAGCUGUUGUUAUUGACACUUUAGCUUCCGGUUACGGUAAAGUCUUAGGUAAGGGUAGAAUUCCAAACGUCCCAGUUAUUGUUAAGGCUAGAUACGUUUCUAAGUUAGCUGAAGAAAAGAUUAGAGCAGCAGGUGGUGUCGUUGAAUUAAUUGCUUAA